AUGCGAAAUGGGAACGAUGCACACCUGCUCGUGGGGAUCUCCAGUGACGCUUUCGCCAAUAUUACCAAAUUUUUAACCCUUAACGAGGCACUAAAACUGAAGCUGGUGUGCAGGCAUUUCAGGGAGAACAUAAAGGAUGAAAAUGCCUUUUGCCAGAAUGAGUGGAUCAGUUUGAAUAACUACAUAAGGUUCGUGCGUUUCGUUCAUCCGGAGAAGUUCGCUUCGUUCGUGGUGUCCCUCCUGAGCGACGAGCGCAAUGCGUACGCCAGUCCUUUCUGCGCUAGACGGCGCCCCCAGUGCGGGAUCUCGAAGAAGCAGCUGCUGCUGCGCGACAAGCCCUUCCUAAAAAGGAUAACGCUCAAGGGAGACUUCCUCAGGAACGCAAAUACCUACGACAUUAGCCAACUGCUAAGAGCACACGCGAGCACCCUGGAGGAGCUCCACGUCCACGGAUUGAACGAUGUAAACUGCCCGCUGUUCAUUUACUCCCACCAUGGCAUCCUCUUCGAGUUCCUUUCCAAGGAGGUGCUCAUGAGCAACCUCUCUGUGCGGUGCGUGAAGAAAGGCAAUUUGCGGCACAUCCAGGAGUUGCUGCUGCGGGGGGGGCGAUUAGCGGCGGGGCAGUCAGCGGGGGAGCAGUCAGAGGAGGGAUCGUCAGUGGAGGAAUCGUCAGCAGAGGAAUCGUCAGCAGAGGAAUCGUCAUCGGAGGAACCACCAACGGAAGAAUCGUCAACGAAGGAACCCCCUGCGGGCGAAGCGGCCAGCCAGGGGGCCCCCCGCGGCAGGGACCAGAAGAUGCACCUGCUGUGCGAGCACAUCGGCGUGGUCUAUAACUGGAGGAAAAACUGCUUCGAGCGGAUAAAAAACUACAAGCCAAAGCUGCAUCUAAGUAAUUACAUAAGCAGCCUGAGCACCUUACGGGUUCUGAACCUGUCAGGAAUUCAGAGCUACGACAUGAUAGAGAUGCUCAUCUCGGUGCAUCUACCGUCUCUAAAAACGAUAAACAUCUCCUGCUACGACUACUUCUUCUAUUUCUACCACAUGGUGGUCUCCAUCUGUCUGUAUGGAAGAGGGAAGGAGGUGUUUUCUCGCUACCUGAAGCUAAAUAGUGUAGAAAUUAACAGAGGCAGGAGUGAGCGGAAGAGGAGUGGGUGGGUCGAGAGGGACAAGGAGAUGCACCAGCUGAUUAGAGAGACGGAUGAGGAGCUCAUGCAGGUGAAUAAAUUCUCCACUGAUUGCCAGGAGAGGUAUGAGCAGGACGCCAUAAACUACUACGCGCUGCAUGUGAGUAGCAACGACCAGAAGAUCUUCUUCACCCCCACGUACAGGGAUAGGAUCUGCAUGCGGGGGGCCAACCGCCCGGUGCACUACGCGGACGGCAGCUACAUCGCGCACGACUCGGAUGGGGAGGCAUUUAGCGGUGAGCCGCCGGCCCGCCGCGCAAGCGCGCCCGCCGAGGGGAAGCUGAAGCGGCUGAAGAGGGGGGGCUACAUCUGGCUGGUGGAAAACCAGAAGCACAAGAAAAACGUCAGCAUAGAAAUGCUGUACCUGUGCAAAAAUAUAAUUGAGAAGGAGGAAAAGAAGGGAAGGAAAAACAUAAUCUGUUUGAUGAACGAGCUGAGUGUGGAGCACUUCUCCCUGUUUAACUACGGACUGAGCAGUCCCUUCCUGUGGCUACUAGUGCUCAUAAGAUGCGACAAGCUAAAAACGGUUUCUAUUCUGGACCUCUGUCUAUCGCACCUUCUCUCCGCCUUAACUUUUUUAGAAGCCUAUCUGAAGCAGCACCUAUUCAACUUCCAAGGAAUGAUGAGGAGGAGGAGAAAGAGACUGGGCUCCAUUUACUUUCGUUUCAAUGAUGAAGAGGAUAUUCAUUUUAUAAAUAAAAUGUACACCCGCAUUAUAAACGAGUUAACUCUUUCUAAGUUUCCUCCGAGAAAGAACCGAGUGAUCCACAUCGUCAUAUACGUGUACAAUAAUAAGAAGGAGAAUAAGCAGUUUGUGAAAUAUAUUCGCAAAAUAUCUCGGUCCCUUUGGCGGUGCAAUUACGUAGUGCACUACUCCAUUCAGUACUAUAAGUACAAAUACUUCAAUCGGUACUUUGACAUUGAUAACUUGUAUCGGGACUACGUCGUCAAUGUCCUCCUCGCCCACCACAAGCUCAACCAGCGCCUCCUCGCGGGGAAGCGGUGCGGUGAGCGGUGA